AUGUCUCAAUCGUGGGCAUUUCAGACUUUAGUUUCACCCUGUUCUGUCGCGGCCGCGUGGUCGGAUGCCGCAGAAUUUAAUAAACCAUCCUCGGCCCAACUGAUCCCCGACACUAGAGGCUCAGUUAUCGCUUCGCACAGUAACUACCCCAACUUCACCGACUAUUCCAUUCACUACAAUUCCAAUAGCUACAACACCUACGACAACUACGACCACCAGGGAUACAGUCUACUCGGAUAUCAAAUGACUAUCAGCGAUUUAGAAGCCCAAGCGGCCCUAGCUAUGGACUUUUUACCAUCACUGGAAGGCCCACUUGUCGGUCAAAAAAAAAGCAGUCAUGUCAUUACUGAAGAGUAUGCAAAGGCUGAUCCAGUAUACGUUGCAAAAACCGCCGUUCUCCCACAGAUGUACUCUCAUUACCGUCCGAUACUUGGUGACGGCAAUUGUGGAUGGCGAGCCCUCGGAUUUGCCUACUUUGAGACACUCUUACGAUUGCAAAAUAAAGCUCGUCUUGAAGCUGAGAUAGCUCGAAUGAGCUCGCUAAAUAACUUACUCAUAACUUCGGGAGGUUUUGAAAGCUGGCUAUUUGAGGAUAUGGCAAUGGAGACCACCAAUUUGCUGAGGGAUCUUGCAGAUUACGUUGAACUCGAUAUGCGAAAGGCACAGAAUAUCUUAUUGGAACGUUUCAACAACAACGAGGUUUCUAAUUCUAUUAUAUAUCACUUUCGACUAUUAACCAGUUCUUGGCUCAAAGCUAACCCGGCCAUGUAUGAGGGCUUUAUCCUAGAUGGGAACGGUGUCGAUGCUUAUCGGAAGAAUUAUAUUGAACCUGUAAAUUUGGAGAUCGAGCAUUUAAUUAUGUGUCUCCUUAUCGAUGUUCUCCUGAAGCCGAUCGGUAUUGCGGUCGAGAUCGUGUAUCUUGAUCGAACUCCCGGCACCCAAGCUAACACUCAUUUGUUCCAACCGGAAGACCCUGCGGGCGUCCCUACCAACCCUGAAGGUCCUGUCAUUCAUCUCCUAUUUCGGCCGAGUCAUUACGAUAUUCUUUAUCGUGAACAAUCAGUGCCAUCAGCUCUUCUUACUACUCCAACACAUGUUACCGAUAUACAAGCAAAUCGUGCUUUUACUCAACAGCAUGUGGCCCAAAACGUUAUAUCUAGUCCAAUCGAGGAUACUUCAUUAGACACUUCGCUUCUCUCUUGCUUACCAGGAUUUUCAAUGCCGUCUGAGCUCCAGUGUCGUCACUUAAAUACAUACCCUAGUCCACCCGAACGUACAUACAACAAUGUACCAGUUGGUAUUUCCCCACUAUCUCCGGAUCCCUCAACACAGCAGUUUUCUGUUGAAUUUCCUUCCUAUCCGAUGCAACUACCAUUAACGACGCCUCCAACUCUUCAUUCGCCUAUUACGACACCUCUACCACCACAAGUACCCCUUAGCGCAGAUAACUCUUCUUCCUACACCUCACCAACUUUUCCAUUCUCCCCAAAAUUACCAUCACGGAGCUCUAUGUCUAGCUUUCGUCCUAGUAAGUAUGAAUGGGCCGCCGCCUGUGAUCGGAAAGAAGGUGGGCAUGUCGCGUUCCAAUCUCCAACAUUUAAAAAUAGUCAUUACAACGCUGCACACUAUAAUAAUGUCAAUUUUCAACCUGAACAAUGGGUACCCGACGCAGAUGAAGCCUCUACAGUGUGGAGGAGAAGCUGUACCUAA